AAGUUUUCUACCCCUGUCAACCAUCUGCAUAGUGGACCUGAGUACUUAGACACACUAGACACCGAUUCCGAGGCGUCAUUGGAUGCUAUUACUGCCAAAAGGACUCCGCCUAAACAUUCAAGGUCGAAGAAAAAGCUUAUGCCCAUUCCUCCUAACGUGAGGGCUCGACUUCUUAAACAAUCAGGUGCCUAUGGCCGCGUACUUGAUCCACAAGUUAACGCAAAUUCAUCUUGCUGCCUGCCGCUCGGCAUUCUGGACAAAAGUAUCACGAAAUAUCGGGUUGACUCCGCACGGACCGCCGAGGCUCGCAUUUGCCUCCAAGAAUGUAAUCAACCUGGACAACGUUCCUUCUGUCAUACCAGGUUACCGGACUCCAUUGUCGCCGGCGAAAUCAGCUGCCUGUUGUCACUGUCAUAUAACAGACCGUUCCAAUCCGCUUCAACAGUGUGCGCUGCAAAUACGGGCGGAAAGUGGAAAUUCAUGUUCGACUUGCAUCUGGACGCCAUUUAG